GAUGUCAGCGCCCACAAAACGUACAUUUUCAGAAUUAAUAUCAUUUAUUGUUAUGCUUGUUUAAAAUAUCCCUGUUUUAGACGUUUAAUCGAAUAUUAGAAACAGUAAUGUUACACAGUUGUACGCAUGACAAAAUCUCAAGAUGUCAAAUAUAAAGCGACCAGGUCGGGGCGAAACAGAGGAAGAUUUGUUGCAGUUUCAGCAAGAAUUUCUUGCAAAUCAAAAGAAGGAAUCAUCAAGCCAGUCAAGUACUUGUUUUGUUAAUGUCAAGGCCACUGACAGUAAAACUGGGGAUAAAAGAAAAUCAUUAAAUAUAAUUCAUCCAGAUGAGAUUAAAACUGAAGAUACCAAUGUUCUACCAUCUAAAAUACCAACUUUCGAGAAAACUAAGCCCAAGUCAAGAUUUAAAGCUGGUAGAGAUCCAUUAUAUCAAGUUCCAGCUGGAGAUAACAAAGACAUAAUUAAUGAUAAAGACAACAAUGUAUCAGCUUUCCUCACCCAGAUAGUGGAAAGAGAUACUAAAAACAUGGUGAUUACAGUGCCUAAACAAUCUGGUCAUGCCUUUCCACCAGUUUAUCACAGACAAGUUGAUACUGUAGAAGUAAAUAUGACGAAACCAUCUGGCGAGAGAAUAAGUAUAUUUGCUCAACAGUUUGUUAAAACCGAAACUACACGAGAAGAAACCAUGGAAGAAGAUGUAACAAAAACCAUGGAUACAGGAUUUAAAAUGCCUGGUAUUGUGAGAGGAUCAGGAUUAAGUGUUUCGUUUGCUGAAAAAGAAGUGAAGAAAAUUCAUCAAGAAAAUAUUGCUAAACUUGGUGAGAUGACUGAAACAGAAAUACUUGAAGAACAGAAAAAAUUAUUUGAAAGUAUUGAUCCUAAGGUACUUGCCUUCUUGAAAAAAGAUAAAACAUCUACAGGAAAGAAAGAAGAGAUUCCAAUGGAUACAUCAUCAAUAAAAACAAGUGAAUCUGUGGUUAAAACAGAGAAACAAGUUCAAUUUACAGAUGAUGAUAUUCCAGUAAAACGUGAGAAAGGUUGGAUGAGUAUGGAGAAUAUAGAAUAUGAUAAAUUAGAAUGGAUAAAAGAAUUACCCGAUAUUAAAACAGAAGAUGGUGUGGGGAAGCAAGCAAGAUUUGAUUUAGAUGGUAAUUUUAUAGUAGCGGAUGCAAGUAUUCCUGUACACAAAGGUUUACAUCACCAUGGUGAUGAACCAGAGAGAGCGGGUUACUCAUUAGAAGAACUGUUUCAUUUAGCAAGAAGUUCUAAUAUUCCACAGAGAGCAUUGGCUUUAAAUCUCCUGGCUAAGAUAUUGAUAAAGUGUAAAGAAGGAGAGUAUGCUGAGUAUAUAAAAACUGCUAUUCUACCUACUGUAUUAAAUGCUGGUAUUAUAUUUUUAUUACGAUGGGCGUUAGAUGACAGUAAUGAAAGUAUACAGAUGGCUGCUGUAUUUGGUGUUUAUAGUUUAAUCUGUAAUACCACUGAUCAGAAUUGUUUAGAUAGUAUAUAUUGUUGGUAUCAAGGUCUAGUUCAGCCGUCUUUAAUAUGUCCACCACCAGAUGAUGUAACAUCGGAUGAUAAUGAUGAAGAAAAACCACAAGAAUCAGACGAUCAAAUGGCUAGAAGGGAUCUAGUGCAAGCAUUGGUAUCAAGAAUGAUGUUGAUACCCAGAUUAAAGUAUUUACUGGUGGAGAAAAAUCUAUCAGCUCCCACAAUUGUUCAGAUAUUAUCUAUACUAACUCGUGUAGCUUAUCAUUCUCCUUCAACAGCUUAUGAGAUUGUCCAUUUCCCUGGUAUAUUGAAGUAUAUUUUUACCAAAUUUUUACCAUCAACAUGGAUUUCUUUAGAAUCUGAAAAACAGAUGUUUGAAGCCAGAAGUUAUCCUUUACCAGAAGCCUUGAAGUUUAUGGCAGCCAUUUGCAAGGCUGGAAAAAAUAUGACAGCAAUAUUGAUGUCAACGUAUAAUUUACAAGAUGUGCUACAAAGGUAUAUAGCUGUACCAGCCAGUGAUCUACAAUUACCAGAAAGUGUUGCUGUAAACUUACAGAAACAAUCAUAUAUUGUUUGGAAGAUUUGUUUAUCAUAUGGUCUAGCUGGAGAAUUAUAUUUAAAUCUGUAUUCUGUAUUUAUGAAGAAUUUACAAUCAUCACAACAAGCUGUAUUAAACAAUAAACCUUGUGAACAUACUGUAAUGAUAUCAACUCUAGAAUCAGUUUUACAUGUUGCUGCACUUCCUAAAAUAUCUACUUCUUUUAAUAACCAAGAAGAGGAGAUGGAGAGUGAUGAUAGUAUAUUAGAUUGGAGUAAUAUAUCUAGUGUUGUAGAUACAAUAUUACCAUGUUUAACACAUCAUUUACAAUACAUCGGUAAUAACUAUCAAUUUCAGAAAAUAGAUUUAGAGAUGGUAACAUGUUUGACAAACUUUAUGGCAUCCUACUUUUAUAGAGCAGAUAGUCAGAUUGGUUACAAUCCAGUAGACACUUUGAAACAUAUCGAAAAGUUGUGUGAAGAAGUGUUAACACCGUUUUGGAAGUCACUGGGAUUUAGACACAUUCUUGUUAAUAUCAGUGAAUAUUCUAAUAUCCUAUCAGAUGUUUUAAAACAUGAAGAAGUGUCUAGCUGUUUACCAAGUUAUGGUGCUAGUUGUCUACUUAUUCAUACAACACUACCUAUAUUAAAGACAUUCACACCAAUUGGUUUUCUAACUGCAUAUUUAAGAUUGAUAUCAAGUUUAUGUAGAUUACAUAAGGGAAUUAUCAAACAGAUGCUUCCUGAUAUUGUAGAUGACAAAGAUGUUAUUAGUUAUAUGAGAAAGAUUUGUCAGCAUAAACCUGGUGCUCUUUAUUCCAAUUAUUUUACUAAAUAUGAAAAUAUAUUCCAAUAUCAGAUCUUAAAACUCUGUUCACUGAAGGAAUCCAGUAACAUGUCUGUAAUGCACCAUGCAUCAUUACAACUGUUAACAAGAUUACAACAUGGUGAUGAAUAUUUAAUACAUGAUCUCUUCUCCUAUAUUACAUUUUCACCUCAAUUUCUCAGUGAAGCAAGAAGUAGUGAUGAAGGUUUGCAGUCAAUGGCGGAUCUACAACUGACUGAAGUAAAGAAAUUAAAGAGUGCCACUCAGGAGGAGAUAAUUCUAAUUACAAGCCAGUUAAUGGAAUCAGCCAGAAAUAAUCUUUUAUCAGGAAGUAUAAAAUCAGUAUAUAUUACAAUAUUCAGUGGAAAAGAAGCACAGAGCUCAAAAUCAAGAGAGAGAUAUAAUAAUAAUACCAGGAAGACAGAGAGCUUAUUAACUGGUAGAAUAGAUGAAACUUUAUUACCACAUGAUUGGAUGUUUUUACCUUUAGUUGAACUCUACAACAUGUCCGCUGUCAGUGGCUCUCAUUAUCAAGAUCACAUGCCAGCCCAGAAUAUCAGAAUGGUUGGAAGUGUUCUAGAAUGGAUUUUUCUACUAGAAUGUGAACGUCCUGAAAUAUUACGACCUGUUUCUGUUACUUUGAAAUUAUCAAGGAUUAUGUGUACAUUUCUUGCUGGUAAUAAUUUAUUUCUCGAAAAGUCUAUCAGAAGUUACCUGGCAGCUUUAUUAAGAGAAUAUACAAAACCUGUAUUAUUACCUCAAAUAGAUUUUACAAAAACUAUACCUGGUUUAGCUUCGUUCUUUGAUCUCUAUCAAUCUCUGUUAGAACAAUAUUCUGCUGUAUCUUUUGGUGAUUCUGUUUUUGGUAGUUAUUUAUUAAUACCAUUACAACAAUGUCAUUCUAUAGACCUACGUCUGUUAUUAUGGGGAGAACAUCAUGAUGCUUUACGAGCUUUACUAGUUUCUGUACAAGAGUUGUUGUUACCUAUAGAGAGAUAUCUGGAACCUGAUGAAACAGAUGCGUCAUUAUUACAACAUUAUUUUACACAUCUGACAUCACAAUUAAUUACACCAAUCAGAACUCCUGUACCAUAUCUUAUAGCUGUACAUCAUGUUAAUCGUUUCCUAUAUUUUACACAAGAUAGUCAAAAUACAAGCUUUAGAAGGAAUAUGUGGUCCUGGGUAAAAACUAUUCAAAAUGAAAAAUUAAAGAAUCAUAUAAUUCACUAUAAGAAAGUGAAUACUGACAGUGAGUUUAGUAUGGAUUUAUAUACAGAUUUACCAACUAACAGACAACAAACAGUUCACUUGUAUCUUACUUGAUGUUAUAUACAGAUUUACAAUAAACAUUUCAACAAGGUCUUAUUCUCUAAAUGUGAUGUAAAUUCCUUGCUAUGAAUUUACCAGGAUAAUCAUGUCUAUAUACUAGCCCAAGUUAUAGUGUAAGGAAAAAGCAAAUCUUGCAAUGCAAAGGUAAAUAAGUUAUUUCUUUAUAUUUUGGCAUUUGAUUUACACAGUUAAAUCUACAUUUAUAUACAAUGCCCAUGAAAUCUUACAGCUUCAGAGAGGUAAAGCCUCUUCAUUAAAUAAACAACAUGAUUAUGAAAUCAAUGGAUGAUGACAUGGAGAAAUGUAUUGUAUAGUGCUAUUAUUAACAAAAUAAAAUCAAGACUUGCAAAG